AUGAAAACGUUUUUAAUCUACAUUAUUUUGCUCCUAACAGUGUUAGGAACUUCCACUGCUUCAGGAAAUGUCAACGAGGAAGGUAAAACUUUUGUUAUUUUCACAUGUACUCUCUUCGCGUUAAUUUUCCCCAUGGCGUAAGCUAAUAGCAUAAGUGCAGGGCACGCGCGAAAAUCGUUAUUUUUCCCAGACUAACUUCGCCUCUGCCUAAAAUUUAUCAAACUAUUUCGCCAACUAUUCAUUUAAAAGUAUUAAAGCUUGUUAAAUUCUUUUAGAAUCAAAUUUAUCUGGUUGUCGCUAAUUUUCUCUUCUUGGCUUCAAACAGUGAAAAAAAGCUUUAUUUGUUUGGGUGGUUUUGUUUCCUUGGUUACUUGUUUCUAAGGAAACGAUUCUCGUACGCGCGAUAGAAGUUUCUUAAAACGUCAAAAAUUUCCGUUAAAUUAUUUGUUGUUCCUGCAAGUUUAAAUAAACUUAUCUAAUUUCAGAGCUUUUUAAAUAGGUUUAUCAGUGUAAUCUAGUUGUGGCCAUACGCGUAGGAUCUUUUAGAUUCAAAUUGAUGAGCAAUAGCACUUAUACCAUUAGAGAUAAAAUAUUUACUGUUCUUUUAUUACCUUCAAAUACAGAAUUCAAUGUUGCUGAUGAACCGUUCCAACGACGCUUUACUGUUAUUGAAGACUUUGGAAGAAAGAGCGCUUUGAUCGAAAUCCACCUGACGUCGAUUGAUAUGCUUGUAUCCGUGACGGUUAACUCAGUCAGCAAGUCAGUCAGCAGUUUCACAACAGCUUUUUUGCCUGGAAAAACCUUUACAAAUGAAGUAAGUAUAUAGCAAAGGAAGAAAGUGCAAUAUGAAAAUAGAGGCAAACGUUACUGUUUUUUAUCCGGCGAAAACUGACCCAUAAUGGCUUCCGCUCCGCUCAGAAGGGGUACCUUUUUCAGGCUUCAGGUGUAUGAAAGGGUAGGGAUUUCAUUAGUUGAAGUUCAAGAAAGGCUGAUAGAGAAAUCUGUCAACAAUGUCUUUAAAACGACCAAAUAUGGCUAAUUGACGUAUUUUAUGGAUGUGAAAGAGAAAAGAAAACUUUCUAGUCUAGUGAUUUAUUCAGUUAAAAGUGAUUUAUUUAAGUUAAAAGGAAUGCAGUGUUCUAAACUAGCAAUCAACGUGAAAGCGGCACUGCAUUUUUCAAUAGAAGGUCACAUAGGAAAGAGAUGCCUUUUCUGUAUAUGUGUAUCAAAUGGUAAGGGUUUGGACCGCUGUCUCCGUAUAAGCGUUUUUGGAGUACCCCUAGUGUUUCUCAGAACGUAAAGACGGCUGAGAAGUUUUGCGCAUUGACAGAAUAUUAGCUCUCGUUCCGAGUCAGGCAUCACGUUUCGCUGAGGAACGCAAAAUUUGGGCUGUUUUCUCGUUCUGAUAGGUCGAUGGUUUGUUUAUCUUUUCUACAGACGGAAAUGGACGAGGAACAACAAAUGGACAUGGUUGGUAGAUACCAGUCCACAAAUAAGGCAUGGGACAGUCUCUUAAGUGCUGUAAGGUCACUGCUAAAGUGGCUGCACAUGGGUAUCGCUUGGCCUAAGGACACAAACUCAGAAGCAUUUGCUCGAAGGACAGUUACUGCAUCGGACUCGAUAUGCUCGGCAGACGGCGUAAGUUUGACGUUUUUAUGUAUCAUGCUAUUCAAGUUAAAAUGUCGAAGAGAACUCGAGCUUUAAAUGAUAUCUGCCAUUGCACGAGGAAACUGGAGGCUUUUUCACGAAAAAUAAACACCGUUUUGCUAAACUAAUUUGCAGUUUAGAAAUGACAAUGGAGAAUGUAAUUGUGAAAUCAGGGCAGCUAGAGUUAAAAUCAAGACUAAAAUAACAGGUAGGUAGGAUUUGGAGAUGUAGCUAAAGAGUCAAGUCGGGUUGCAAUGAUAUACUAUCUACCUGUAAAUUUUAAAAAAGUAAGCCGGUUAUAAGCUUCCCUCUAGCUUGUGUUAAAAUGAAUUUGAUCUUUACGACGAUAAGAAGCGCCUCUCCCCCCUCCCACAUUUAUAAGCCCUCAUAGACAGCUAAAAUUCCCUUACAAAGUUGUACAUAACCACGGUUUAUAAACGGUAGUUAACGGUAUGUAGGUGUGUAGUGAAAACUAGCCUGGUGCAUGGCCAUACAUUUCGGACAUUUGAGCUCGCAUAGCGGUAGCAGCUUCUCCCAAUCGAUGAGGAGACUCUCGUUUACUGCCCUAGCGGGCGUGUGCGUCCUUAAAUUCGUCCUUAAACUGGAACCUGCCACGCAGGCUAAUUUAGUGAAAGCAAAAGUUUAACAUGGAUAGUUUAUCAUCAGGGCUUAACGAUAUAUUCUGCCCAUUGUUAUGUAUUCUUCAGAAUGUCACAGCAGAGGACGUAAAAUUUAACACAACCCUGCCGGCUACAAGCUUUGGAAAAGAACGUAACGCUACUGUUUUGCCUGGCAAUGCUGAAAGGGAGGUGAAUGAACCAAUCGUGAUAUUUAUGGGACACUCGGACUGUGAAGAACUCAGUGAAAAUGAAUUAUCUGAACUUCCAAAAUUUGGUUUGCAUCCCGAAAUUCGUUCAUCAAACCGACAAGAAAACAGAGACAUUACGUUUCUUGGCGUUAUGGGAUACUAUGGUACGGCUUCACAUAAAACAGUUCCUGAAUACCAUGGUACCGUUACGAGCCUUGACGGUGAUGAAGAUGAAAUUCAGUCUACUGCAUUGGGAACGUCUUCUACUGAGGAAACUCAUCCCAAGGCAAACGGUCUUGCAUUGCAGCAGAAGGACACUGAGAUUGGAACCUUUGCCCUUCUGGAUGAACUUCAGUCUACUCUGCUAAAUGGAAAUCACUCUCAGAGUAGUGGAUCGUGGUUAAAAAAUGAUCACAGUGGAGUGUGCAUAAAGGAACUUGAAAAGCUUGGCCAGCGUACUAACGUUUUACCUUCCCUGACUACCCCGUACCAAGAUAUUACAUUCCUGCGAGGUUCAACAGCCAAGAAAUCGCGGAGUAGGUGGAUGACCAAACUGGUCAAAGACGAGUCGACGCAUGCUUUUUACAACACUGGUUUGAAUCAAAGUGGCACGGUAAGCGAUAAUGAAAGUAUUAUCUUUGGUAUGUAACGGUCAGUUCUCCGCGUGUUGAGUUUGACCUUUACCAGUAGUAGUCUAGAUACAGCUCUGAUACUCUCUCUUUUCUAGAAACGUAUUGGGAUUUUUUAUUGCUAGGAUUUCGGUUCUGUAAUGAAUGUAAGACCCAAUCUGGCCAAAAGAUAGAGCUUCAUGUCGAUAGUCCCGAAUUAAGCACCACAAUAAAUCCCUGUGUUUCCUUCUGCCAGCUGCAUUGAUUAUAUUGCCCCAAUCCCACAAGCGCUUGCGCGUGCACUUUCGGCGCAUUGGCCCGUUACUCAAAAGUCCCGUUAACUUUUCGGAGCCGAAAUCAAAUAUUCAACCGGUAACACAAAACACUGAAGGGGGGGCUGUGUAGGAAGGUGAGGCCUUCUGCACGACUAAAGUUAUAUAAUCAACAGGUAAUUAUAGAACAGACAGAGAUAAAGAUGAACUGAAAGAUUCUAUAUGAUUGUGGUAACAGCAACUGAAAGAUUUGAAAUUGAGACUAUAAUAUGAUUGUCUUCUCUCUGUUUCUUUUACUUUUUUCUCGUUGAGCAGAAUUUAUUUUACUCCAACAUAUUUUGUCUUGUUUUGAAUUUCCUUUUGAAUUUCUUUAUAAUCGUGUUUUUCUCUUUCGAUGAAGGAAUAUUGUCCGAAGAACACUAGUGUAUCAGUAGACGCGCGCUGGUUCAUUGUAAGGUUUUGGAACAGAGUUUUGGUAUCUGUUGGCUUUCGUAAGCCCAGCAGUGUUCCCCGGCAAACGGCAAAACGACCACAGCAUCAGCGAUUGACAGCUGUACCAGGCAGCGUGUUUGAGAUAUGUAUGACAGAGAUAAAUCAAACUGGCCCGGUAAGUUUUUUUCUUGUCGUUUGUUAUAUUGCAUUGCCCUGAGGAUAUAUACGAGAAUUCCUAUACGCUUUUCCUUUAAUAAAUUGUAGGUUCAAAUUUGGGAUGCUGUAAAACAAGUUAAAAAAAACCUUUGUACUGUAACUUCAAAAAUUUUAAUCGAGAGAAAAAUUCCCCCGUAAGUUUGAUUUUUUUAUUAUUUGUUGCUGUUAUUGUUGUGGCUCGAUCUGAUCAAAGCUACUUCGGUUCUACCGACAUAUCGAGAUUUGCAACGACAGAAAUGACUCCUAUUUAAUUAGCCAUGCUGGUCAAGACAAUUUGGACGUGAGGUGUAAUAUAUUGUUAGAAUUACAACCCCGCCUUCUGCCCUGUUUCGAGAUUGUUCUGUGUUUCUAUGCAUUUCACUAAAAGUAACUUUUCCUCAAGGAAGAAUAUGAUUAAGGUAAUAAUAGUUUGAAAGUGAAUCGAAUAUCCUUCUCUUUCUCGAAUUAGGAAACACUAUGUUGCACAAAAAAAGCUGCCAGACGCCAAGCUGAAUCAGAGUCUUUCCCUACAAAGCUGUGGAUCAAGGGGGUGGAGUUUGUAGGCUGGAUCAGAUCAAAUGAAACUCAGGAAAAGGCUUGGAAUAUAGCGAAUCGUAAGUACUCAGAUGCCUUUAAUCAUUGCAUUCAUUCUUUUUACGCCCAGAGGCAUAGAACAGCAACAACCUACGAUUGUAGGUCUAAUCCAAAAAGAAAUUUAAAUCUCUCCCAGCAUAUUUCUUCUAGUUUGAAAAUAUGUAUUGAUUGA